AUGAAGGCGUUGCUUCUGAUAACAAUAUGGGUUUGGUUGACUGUCAUGAUCAUGCCAGCAUUGGUGUGCCCAUCGGUAAUAGAAGAACCAAAGACACUCCGUUACAAUACAGUAACCUUCAACUUUGAAGAUGCUACCGAAGAUAGCUACUCGGAAUUUGUGAAGUCUCUGCGAACUGCAGUCAAAAGCAAGGAGGCGUUUGGAUUACCAGUGACAGCAAAAACAGUACCAGAUUCCCAACGAUUUGUUUUAGUUGAUCUCAAAACUGAGAAUGACAAGAACAUCACACUAGCAAUAGAUGUCACUAAUAUGUAUGUGGUGGGUUAUCGUGAUGAAUAUAACGGGAAAUUUCGCGCCAAUUUCCUUGCUGAUGCUUCUGACUUUGCAAAAAAGAAUCUUUUUACAGAAGCAAAAGAAGUUAGAGUAACUAAAUUCACAGGCGGCUAUCCAGAUCUUGAACGCUAUGCCAAAACCGGAAGAGAGAACAUUGAAUUGGGAGUUUACAAACUAGAGCAAGCCAUCGAGUCGGUCUAUGGGAAAUCGGUCGGGGAGCAGAUUGAAGCUAAAUUUUUCAUUGUUUCCAUCCAAAAUGGUUUCAGAGGCAGCAAGGUUCCAAUAUUUACUGAAUAA